GUUUGCUAGCAGCGAGGCUAGUUAGCCGGAGCAAGCCACCGGGAAAAGGAAGAGCUGCUACAGCAUGACAGCCCCGUCAGAGUGAGCUCGUGUUUCGGCGGCUGGAUGCCUCUUCGGGCAGCAGGUCACCUCCAGAAGGUGGUGCUUGGGGAACAUCGUUUGGCACCCUGGACUCUCCAGUAUGGGGUUCCGCAGGGGUCAAUUCUGUCCCCCAUGCUGUUCAACAUCUACACGAAACCAUUGGGUGCAGUCUUCCGGAGCUUUGGAGUGUUGCUGCUUUUCAUCUUCAGAUAAAACAACUGAGAAGAAUGGACUUGUGAUGUUGCUGAAGAAGAUUCAUGGACAACAUUUCCAGAUGGUCUUUUCCAGACUGACAACUUUGCCUAAUGUGGUUUAGUGGAAAUCUCAUUACCUAGAACAAGUUGUUCUAUAUUUCUUUAUUUGAAUUACCAGGAUAUUAAAGGAUGGAUUCUUUCAGAGCCUGCACAUUUCUCUUUGCGCUGAUAUUAUCCAGAGGUGUCACCACUGACACAGAGAAGAAAAACCCAGAUUCAGGAUUAGAAAUAUAUAAAAAGCUCUUUGAAGUGAAACGCAAAGACCAGAUGAAUGCAUUGAAGAACCUGAUUGAACUCAAUGAUGUGAACCAGCAAUACAAGAUCAUAGACAUCAUGCUCAAGGGACUUUUCAAAGUUCUUGAAGACUCGCGGGCUGUACUUAUAGCAGCAGAUGUCCCUCCAGAUGGGCCGUUCCCUCAGGAUGAGAAGCUAAAGGAUGCAUAUUCCCAUGUGGUGGAGAACACUGCUUUUUUUGGUGAUGUAGUCCUGCGCUUUCCCAAGAUAGUACACCAUUACUUUGACCGUAACUCUAACUGGAACAACCUAAUCCGCUGGGGGAUCAGCUUCUGCAACCAGACAGGAGUAUUUGAUCAAGGUCCCCACUCACAACUACUAGGAUUGAUGGCUCAAGAGCUGGGAAUUAGUGAGAAAUCUCCAGACUACCGGAAUCCCUUUAAAACUGAUAAUUCUGAAUUUUUCCCCAGUGCAGACACAUUCCAGAAGGCUCUCCGGGAGGAAGAGAAGCGAAGGAAGAAAGAGGAGAAGCGGAAGGAGAUCCGCAAGGGGCCUCGCAUCUCGCGCUCGCAGUCUGAGUUGUAAUGCCACCACCUGCUCCUGUCAUUGUGACUUGUGCUGGUGGGAGAUGGAAGCAGCUGGGAAAGGAGUAU